GUCAUGGAGGGUAUAUAUGCCGGUCCGGGGGAAGGUCGAGUGUUAGAUCCACAACUGCGCUAACAUCGUAACGUUAGACGCGAUUGGGUUCGAAAUCCUUUGAGAAGCUCCUCCUCGUCGAUACUUUGCAAACACAACAAAAAUGCGUGAGUGCAUCUCCAUCCACGUGGGCCAGGCUGGGUGCCAGAUGGGCAAUGCCUGCUGGGAACUGUACUGUCUCGAGCACGGCAUCGCCCCCGACGGCUCCAUGCCCUCCGACAAGGCCCUCGGAGGCGGCGACGACUCCUUCAACACCUUCUUCAGCGAAACCGGCGCAGGCAAACACGUCCCCAGAGCUGUCUUUGUCGAUCUCGAACCCUCUGUUGUCGACGAAGUCCGCACCGGCACCUACCGCCAGUUGUUCCACCCCGAGCAGCUGAUCAGCGGCAAGGAGGACGCGGCCAACAACUACGCUCGCGGUCACUACACCAUCGGCAAGGAGAUCGUCGACCUCGUCUUGGACCGCGUCAGGAAGUUGGCCGACGCCUGCACGGGUCUCCAGGGCUUCCUGGUGUUCCACUCCUUCGGCGGCGGCACUGGCUCCGGCUUCACCUCCCUCCUCAUGGAAAGGCUCUCCGUCGACUACGGCAAGAAGAGCAAGCUGGAGUUCGCCAUCUACCCCGCCCCGCAGGUCGCCACCGCCGUCGUCGAGCCCUACAACUCCAUCCUGACCACCCACACCACCCUGGAGCACUCCGACUGCGCCUUCAUGGUCGACAACGAAGCCAUCUACGACAUCUGCCGCAGGAACCUGGACAUCGAGCGCCCCACCUACGCUAACCUGAACCGUCUCAUCGGCCAGAUCGUCUCCUCCAUCACUGCCUCCCUCAGGUUCGACGGCGCCCUCAACGUUGACCUGACUGAGUUCCAGACCAACUUGGUGCCCUACCCCAGGAUCCACUUCCCUCUAGUCACCUAUGCCCCCGUCAUCUCCGCCGAGAAGGCCUACCACGAGCAGCUCACCGUCGGCGAGAUCACCAACGCCUGCUUCGAGCCCGCCAACCAGAUGGUCAAGUGCGACCCCCGCCACGGCAAGUACAUGGCCUGCUGUCUGCUGUACCGUGGCGACGUCGUGCCCAAGGACGUGAACGCCGCCAUCGCCUCCAUCAAGACCAAGCGCUCCAUCCAGUUCGUGGACUGGUGUCCCACUGGCUUCAAGGUGGGCAUCAACUACCAGCCCCCGACCGUGGUGCCCAACGGCGACUUGGCCAAGGUGUCCCGCGCCGUGUGCAUGCUGUCCAACACCACCGCCAUCGCCGAGGCCUGGGCUCGCCUCGACCACAAGUUCGACCUGAUGUACGCCAAGCGCGCCUUCGUGCACUGGUACGUCGGAGAGGGCAUGGAGGAGGGUGAGUUCUCCGAGGCCCGCGAGGACCUGGCUGCCCUCGAGAAGGACUACGAGGAGGUCGGCCUCGACACUGUGGGCGACGAGGAGGAGCAAGGCGAUGAUUACUAGGCUUGCCCGCAGGUCGGCCUGGAUACGACUCGCCUGUAGAGGGGCUCAGAUGCCCUUCGCGAAGUCAUUGGUCACACAGCUUUACCCUUACUGUUAGGCAACCAAAACCAUUCCAUUUGGAAAACAACAGAAAUUAAAACAAAUAUUUUGGUAUCA